AUGGUGCGAAAGUCGGUGGCUUCGCUGUCGCGGGCCGUAACCUGGACAUGUCGACAAUGCCAGCUCCGGUCAAAAACUUCGCUAUCGCAUACGACGAUCCGAGCCUCAUUAGCCAUAAGACCGCUUUCUACCCUGACUACAAAGCCCGAUACCCUUGAGGUUCAUGAUACUGGAAUCGAGCCAACUGGGUUUGAGAUCACUGCCGCACCCCCGAUCAACUUCGAUAAGAAGUCCUCAAUUGGGGCACCUGCCCGAGUUGUGCCAACCUCUGCAUCUUAUUUUACCACUUCGCCGCUUUUCAACGACCACAUUCUACAUUUGACCAAUCUCGCGUACGAGUAUGAUGCAUUGCCUACCGUGGCAUCCGCCGACCAAAAAGGGCGCAUGACCUUCAUGACUCUGGAACAGGCACGAAGCUCUAUUUCGGAAAAGAUUGGUGCGGCGAAAUAUGCAAGAUUAAUAAACUUGUUGAAGAGACUUGACCAGAUAGAUCCCCGCCUGCGGCCGACAUCUGUACAAAUGGCUCUGGAGCAGUUCCGCCGACCUGGAUCAGGAGAUCUCAUUCCACCACGGCCAAAGACCAUGGAUCGAUUUGGUCGAACGAUGGGCGUUGGCAGGAGAAAGUCAGCAGUUGCACGAGUGCAGCUCGUUGAGGGCACAGGCGAGGUACUAGUGAACGGCAAAUCAAUUUCUCAGGCUUUUGCUCGGCUGCAUGACCGCGAAAGCGCCGUUUGGCCACUGAAGAUCACCAAUCGGCUUGACAAAUAUAAUGUCUUCGUAGCGGUGAACGGAGGUGGUCCUACGGGUCAGGCUGAGUCCAUUACACUCGGUUUGGCAAACGCACUCAUGGUUCAUGAGCCGGUAUUGAAGCCGACGCUGCGCAAAGCUGGAUGUAUCACUCGGAUUAUGAAGCGCGUCGAGAGAAAGAAGACGGGACGUGUCAAGGCUCGCAAGAAGCCCGCAUGGGUGAAGCGAUGA